AUGGCAGCCCAGGCGCGGACCCCUCGGUCACGGAUCUUAGGCUCCUCCAUGUUGCGCUUUUUCCGAAGCCUGGUGAGGAGUAAGGGCAGCUCUAAGAGCUCUAACAAGACCCUGACCGGGAGCCAGCCCAGCUCUUCACCGGAGCAGGAUGUUGGCUCCCCAAAGACUGGCUGCCAGGGAGGUCGUGGGAGGAAGGAGGCCCGGCCCAGGGUCCUCUCUACAGCUUCCUCUAAUGGGAGGAGGGAGCCACGGCCCAAGGUUGUCUCUUCAGCUCCCUCCAACCCGAGGCACGAUGCCUUUGGGCUGGGCACUGGGGACACAGGGUCCCAGACCUCCACCUCCAAGGAUGUCCUGAAGCUGAGGACCCCGGGUGUUGAGGUAACAUCAGUUCCCACCAGAGGAACCUGGGAGGUUCUGGAGCACCUGCCUGAGAAGAAAGGAGAGGAGGAAGAACCAGCAGGGGAGGUCUCCGGGGCCUCAGACAGGUGACACUUUGGCCAGGCCCUGGACACAGAACAAGGAUGCCUGCAGUGCGUUUCAGGACCACUGGCGCUCGCCCCUGGGCCCUUCAUCAAAGAGGAAGAGGACGAACACUGCCUAAUUGAGUUUGGAGACAUCAGGCUGUCCAAUUGCAAGGUGGGUUCCACCCCGUGGAACUAUCUCCUUGGCUUGUACAAGCAGCUCCAGAAGUCAGCCAUGGCCAAGGCUCAGAGACCAGGUGCGCCUCAAUUUGCUCUCAAGGAUGGCCUGCCCCAAGAGGAGAAAGGGGAGAGAGAAGAAGCGGUGGUGGAUGAGAGCAAGUGGUGCGCCCCGCGCGUCUCCACCUACCAGUCGCCGCUGCAGAAGACGUUUAGGUCCACAGAUACAGUGGGUUUUGUGGAGUCGGAGCUGAAGAAGAUUCUGGCAGUGCAACGAGAGGCUCGCCUCUGGAAGGUGGGCAGCCCUGAGGGCCGGGAGCUGCUGACCCAGCCAGACAUCACGCUGGAGGAGGCUGGCAUGGUGGAUGGCCAGGUAUGA